AUGCCUAGAGAAUUGGAGAAGCAACGACUUAAUUGCAUAAUGGCCUACGGAAAAGAUUUGCCGGAGCACUACAAGGAUGACUUUGGCUCUGCUACUUCCCGAAUAUCUCGAAUCGGACUUUCAAGAAGUCGCGCACUUAAGGCCGGUCGCCUCCCCUUUCUUACUGCAGAUUUGACCGAUGAUGAUAUGGCAUUCUCUCCCAAAGAGCGAUUCACCGAAUGUGAGUGUCCUUCCACAUUUCAUCACAAUUAUUAA